AUGGACACUUCAUCUUUAGAUUCAAGUAAUGAUUUUUUGAUUGAAGAUGAAACUAACUUAGAGGUUAACACCUGUAAUAUCUGCAAGUAAGUUUAUUUGUAUAUUUUAAAUAUAAUUUAUCAAAAUAAAUCUAACAAAAAUUAUAUUAUUAUAGAAAUCAAUAUAUGUGCCCAAGAGUCCUCAAUUGUUUGCAUGUGUUUUGUGAGAAAUGUAUCUUACAACUUGCAAAUGUCAACUCAAUGUUUAGUGUUCUUAAUAUAAUAUGCCCUACGUGCAGUCAACCAACAACUGUAAGAUAUUAAGUUUUUAUACUUCCAUAUUUAAAAUAUUUGAUGAUUCUUUUAUUGUAACACUCAUUAUUUCGCAAAGUAUUAACUUUUCAAAAGAAAUUUUAGAAACAAUCUGAUCUAAAAUGGAUCAUUAUGGAUUAUUAAAUCGGAUCAUUAUUUUCUGUCAUUCUUAAUUUUGAUGGUGAAAUGACUACCUACUUUUUAAUUAUAAAAUGGUAACCUACAUCAAAAUUGCCAUUAAUUAAUUAAUUAAUUGAUAAUAUUAUUUGGUGUUGAAAUUUUUAAUAUUCCAUUUAACCCAUUUAUAAGAUAUCCCACUUUUAAGUAUAUGUAUGAAGAGAGUAGUGGAGUACUAUUCAAACUCUGCAUUGCGAUCCACUACACAAAUGAUACUACACUACUUACUCCCCACUCGAACUAAAAUCAAACUCAUUUGAUAAAAUUUAAAAAUGUCAAUACCAUAAUUUAUUUAAACUAAUACUCUUAUUAAUUUAAGGAACUUUUAAUGUAACUCACCAAUUGACAGUCAAAAAUUGGUAGUUGUUAUUUUAUCUCAAAAAUUAAUAGAAAUGUAACAUUUUAGAGUUGCUUAUUUCUUAAAUGAUCAAAUGAAUUGUUUAAAAAAACUCAAUACUAUGUAAAAUAAUGUGUGUUCAACAACAAACGAAUGACUGUAUUUUAUGAUGUCUUUAUAAUUUACAUUUAGACUCAAUUAAAUCGUGGAACCCUGACAUUGCCCCAAGAUUAUGUGACCAGAGAUAUUCUUGAAGUUGAAAUGCUGAAAAGUCAUAAGCUAGUUUGCAAAUCUUGUAGAGAUAAUAAAGAGGCAACCCACAAAUGUAUUACUUGCUGUAACUUUCUAUGUUCUAGUUGUGAAAGUAUGCACAAGGUAAUAUUUUAAAUCGUUAAUGUUGAUUAUCCAUUUAUAAUAACAUAUUAUUAAUUUUGUUUGUAUUACUGUUAAAUAUAUUUUUUCUAGACGCUUGUUACACCAGGGCAAUAUCAUCAUAUGGUAUCUAUUGAAGAAAUUAUUAAAAAAGCCCAGGAUAAAACUGCUUUUCAUAAAAUGGUAUUGUGUGAAAAACACAAUAAUGAACAAAUGGUAUAUUACUGCAACACUUGUAAUGUAAGUACUUAAAUGUAUUAUUCAAUUAUAAUUUUUAAUUAGAUAUAUUUAAACAUUUUAAAAUUGGAUAUUAUUAAAUAUUAUUAUGUAUAUUAUGUUUGUUCCUUAUAAUUUAUAAACUUUUAAGUAAGAUUAGAAUUUUGAUGCACUUUGAUGCACUUAUAGAGAUCUUUAUGAAGGGUAUCAUUUGAGACAUAGUACAGGAUUUUGAUAAUUUGACAAAAUCAUUUGAAUUGAAGAGUGUUUUAUUAAUGUUAAUUGGUUUGACAGCAGCUCCCCAUAGUUAAAUACCAUAAGUCCAAAUUUGUUUGAGGAGCAGUUGUGAGAAGAAAAUGUAGUUAGCGAGAGGGGUUGUUUAAGGUAAGGCAUUUUGCAUAGAUAAGGGUUAAUUGUGUAAUUUGGCAGUCUUAAGUGUAAAUAUAGAUAAUGAAUGGUUGGGGAAAUGUUAGUGAUGGUUGAUUGAGAUGGAUAAGAAAAUAAAUGGUAAAAGGACACUUAUAUAGUGGUAAUGUAAAAUCAAACAGUAUAGAAAUGACAUUCGAUUAGCCAAUUGGUUUUUCUUAACCUGUGGUCUAAAGUUUGAACCAGCAAAAAACAAGGAAUCAAGCCAAUGAAAUAGGCACGUUUGUUGACCCUCAUUAACAUCCAUUUAUCUAAUUUUAGAAGAUUGGGAGUAUUAUAGGCCUGAUAAGAUUUCAAUACCUUGAACAAACAUUUUUUAAAAAUUUUAUAUUAUAACAAAAUAAAAUACCUCCAUAUGCACUGACUAAACAAUAUUUUUUUUUAUGAAAAAGUUAUCUUGUCAUUUUUGAUUGGAGCAAGAUUGAUGAUAGAAAAGUUUUUCACAAUAGUUGUUAACUAUUUGGUUCAAAAACUUAUCAUUCCGUGAAAUGACUGUUCUAAGUAAUUUUUAACCCUUUGUUAAUUUAAUUUAUUAUUUUGCCUAUAAUUCCAUUCAAUGUUUGUUCUGACAAAGAUUUAUAAUUUCCAUGUAUUUAUAUCCGUGAAAUUUAUGUAUCAAAAAUAAAAAAUCCAUACCUUCUCAUUCCAUAGAAUGUAUGUUCUAGCUAAAAUAAUUCUAAAACAAUUUAGGUAACAAUAUAGUAAAAAUAAUUUUAAUUUAUUUUCUUAAGUAUAACCAAAUCUAUAAUUUAUUUGUUUUACAAUUUAUUAACAUGAUUAUUGCCAUGCUAAGAUAGAAUAUUGUAAACAAUAAUAAUAUCCUCUUGUAUGAAUAGUACAUGUAAUAAAUAUGUAAAAAACAUUUUAGAAUUACAUCAUUGCGUUAUUCUUUCUUAGCAGAGCAGAUAAUUAAUUAAUUUAAAAUAACAUUAUAUUUUAUAGGAGCUAGCUUGUACUAAAUGUCUUAAUAUACCUAGUCCAAGAACAUGUCAGCAUACAUUUGAUAGUCUUUUAAAUGCUUAUAAAAAAUAUGGAACUGAAUUGGAGUAUUUAGUAUGUGAAAGCAAGAAUGUUAUGAAAAAUGUUUCAACUUUACCAGCUACUUUAGAAAAAGCAUUGGACAAUUUACAAGCUUCUCAUGAUCAUAUAAAAUCAAAUGUGGAAGAGACUUAUCAUGUUAAUAUAAACAUAAUAGUAACAGUUUUGUUGUAAAUUUUAUUUUAAAUAAGUAUAUUUCCUUUUUUAGGGUUUUAAAGCUAUAUUAGAGACUUGUAAACAUGAGAUCCUAGUUCAACUUAAAGCUGCUCAAAAACAACAAGAAUUAAAGAUAAUGGAUAAAUUUGAAGAGUAUGAAAUCCAUUUUUAAUACAGUUGUUUUGAUGUAAUCUAAUUAUUAAAUUUUUAAUUUUAAGAGUAAAGAAAAUUAGUGAUAAUAUUGGUGGAGUACAACAAUUUGCUACUCGUCUUUUAGAAAAUGGAAGUGAAUCUGAAAUUAUGGCAUUGAAAAAAUUAAUUUUCACACAGAUGUUACAUUUAUUUAGUCAAAUACCUGAUGUUGAGGUAGACGCUAAGCUUUUGUAUACUCCUGAUAUUAGAGGUUUUGAAACUCAUUGCAGAGUAAGUAGUUAUUAUCAUUAAUAAUAUUUUACUUAAUAAGUAAUAAUCAAUUUUUAUUGUUUUCAUAGAAAUAUUUUGGUCACAUUGAUACAGAGCAUGGAAUAAAUGCUGCAGUUGGACCUAUCUCUCCACCUACUCCAAGAACCAAUUUUUUAACUAACCGAGCAUUUCCACCACCUAUGUUGACACCAAUAGUUGAUUCACAAAUAUUUGAUUUAAACUUGGCUCGUUUGUGUUCAUUAAAUGAAGAUAACCCUAUUCUACCAUCAUUGCCAAUAACACCUGAUUCUUUGGGUGAUUUAUUGAAUACACCCAAUAGUUUGGAUAGCAGUUUUGCUUUAGAUAAUUUACAGGCACUAGCUAAACUUGAUAAUAUGAAUAUAAACAAUAACAAUAAUAGUAAGACUAUAUUUUAAAACUAAAUAUCAUUAAUUUAUUAAUUAAUAUUUGCAAAAUAAAAUUGGUUUAGAUAUCCUUCAAAGCUUGAUGAGUCCUUUGGCACUAAAUCAAUCUGGUCUUGAUCCUUUUUCAGUUGAUAGUGUGUCAUCUAUGAGUUCUCCUACAACUACUUUGUCCCCUGGUAAUUAUUAACAUUAUAUUAAUUAUUAGCAUGUUAAUUGUAUAUUUAUGAUUAUGUAAUAGAUAUCUAUGGUGUGGCUACCAAUUCAAAUUGGUACAGCAAAGAAAGAAGAGCCCCACCUUCUCGACCUAAACGUCAUUCAAGUAGACCUAGUAUGGGUAUUGUAGCAAAAUUUGGUCAAAUGGGCAGUGGCCUUGGACAGUUUCAUUCACCUCAUGGAUUUUGUCUCAGCCCUACAGAAGAUAUUGUUGUUGCUGAUACCCACAAUCAUCGUAUUCAAGUAACUAUCUAAAAACAAUUAUUUUUAUAUUAUUGUUAAUUUUAAAAUUAAACGACUUUUAGGUAUUUGAAAAGGAUGGUACAUAUAAGACUGAAUUUGGCCGAGAAGGAAAAGAAGACGGAUUCUUAUUUUAUCCUAGAAAAGUUGUUUUUUUAAAUCAUAACCAGAUAGUUGUUUGUGAUCGUGGUUCUGAACGAUCCAGAGUACAGAUAUUUGAGUACCCUACAGGCAAAUUUAUCAAAAAAAUUCAGGUUCAAUUUAUUGAAAUUGUUGCUGGAGUUGCUGUAACUGCAAAUGGACAUCUUGCACUUGUUGAUAGUGUACACCCAACAGUAUUUGUUUUAAAUGUCAAUGAAGAUAAUGGCAUAAUGAAAUGGUUUGAUUGUGCUUCAUACAUGGAAGAACCAUCAGAUAUAAUUGUCAGAGGUUUGUUAUUAAUAAUUAUAUUAGAGUUUUAGAACUUUAUUUAAAUUAAUAUUGAUUUUUAUAUUGCUUUUAGACGAAGACUAUUAUGUCUGUGAUUUUAAAGGACAUUCAAUUGUAGUGUUUAAUGAUGAAGGUGUAUGUUUAAGACGUAUUGGUGGUGAAUAUAUUACAAGUUUUCCAAAUGGUAUAGAUAUUUCUGAAAAUGGAGAAAUUUUAGUGGGAGAUUCGCAUGGUAAUCGUUUCCAUGUAGCUGUUUUUUCUCAUGAUGGUACUCAUUUAACAGAUUUAGAGUGUCCUUAUAUUAAAGUAAGUUUAGAACUAUCUAAUCAAUAUUUAAUUUUAUUGAUUAACAUGGAUAGGAAAUCACGUUAUUACAAAUUUCCUUAUAUUUAUAAACUAGUUACUCGUGUAAAAUAUCAUUAUGUCAUUACAGCCUUUUUUAUAUGGGCUACCUUAUUUAUUUUUUGUUUAAAUUUUUUUUUUUAUCCAUAUCAUCGAGGUAACUCAUUAAUCUACAAAAAUUAUAUUUUCAUUUCCAAAAUACAAUCGGCUUCCUUUUAGGGGUUUGAAUACUGGAUAUAAAUGUAGGCUAUAUGUAUGUUAUUCCUGAACACUGUUUUUACAAUGGAACCUCCAAUUGCAAACAUGAAAAUGGAUUAAGUUUUUUAUUAAAUUAACUGCUUGUACCUUUUAUAAUGAAAUUUUCUCCAUUUAAAAUAAAUGACUGAAUUUAUAAAACUAUAAACUUGAAAGAUAUAUUUUAUGAUAAAUUAGAGAAAAUACAUAACAACCUACCAAGACACAUGUUGGUCAGGGGACAUUGUAUAGACCACAGUAGGUAAUGAGAGUAUACACAACAAUAAGUGAUGGAAAUGGUUCCAGAAUAGUUAAAUAUGCUAUAGCUAUGAUCUUAUAAUAAGUUGUAGCUUUUUUUCCCAAGAAAUAUAUAAAUAAGUAUACAUGGACCGUAUCAAAUAAAAUAUAUUAAAGUCAAAUGGAUCACGUCCUGGUUGAUAAAGUACAUGUCUAAAUUACUUUAUUUUAAAUAAAGGAGUUAAUAGUGACUUAAAUAAUUUCUUGGUGCUAAUUAAGGUAAGAUUAAAAAUAUUAAAUUAUUAGAAAGCAGAAAACAAAACUAGUUAUGUAAGGUUCAAUGUUUACGAUUUAAGAGGAGAGAGUACUGCAACAAUAUCAGUUAGGAAAAAAAAGGUUGUACUGAACCAUUUUACUAAACAGGAAGAUCUGGAUUUGCAAUCUAUGUGGAACAUAAUUAAGAAUUCAGUCCUGGGAAUAUCAGAUAAAGUAAUUAAUUAAUUUAGAACCAAAGAACAAUGUUGGUUCAUCUAAACAUGCGCAGAAGCCAUUUAAUUACAUAAUGAUGUUAGGUUACUGAGAAUUUAGUUCCCAACACGCUGUAUGAAACAACAGACCACAUAUUCACAGUUCAGCAAAUUCUUAGCAAACAUAAUGUAAUAAAUGUAUACAUUUAGUGUUAGUGGAUUUCAAACAAGUUUAUUAUGAUCAUAUAAUCAGAGAAAAAUUAUGAAAGAUCUUGAUGAACUUGAGUUUACAAACUAAAAUCGUUAAAUUAAUAGAGUUAUGCAACAGUAACAUAAAAUGUAUGGUCAGGGUACAAGUAAAAAAAUUACUGUGUACAAUAUUUCCGACUUCGGUCAUAAGUAUACCUGAACUUAAGUUUGAAAAUACACCUUCAACAUUAGAUGACAUAAUAAUCAUGGUUAAUAUAAAACAAUAUAUUACUAAUAGUGUAUCUAGCUUAAUAAGAAUAGGCAAAUCAGUAAACAAGGAAAAAUCUAAAUAUAUGUAUGACUAGAAAUUUACGAGAUUACACAAGUCGGACCUGAAAGUUUAUAGAAUAUCCUUUCAACAAAUACAUAACUUUAAAUAAUUUGAGAUCAAUGUAUUUAACAGAAACUGUAUGCAUCACAAAAUUAAGAUUUGCUUGAGAGCUGGAAUACUUUGCCAUAUCACACCUGUUUAAGUCAAAACUAUUAUCAAAUAAAGCCAAGGAAAAUUUGUAUUAUAAAUAACUCAGACCAGUUGUGUCGUAUGGAUGUAGUACCUGAGCUACAAUAUCAAGAUAUGAGAAUAGAUUAAAUAUUUGUAUGAGAAUUAAAAUUUAUGGACCCAAGUAUAAACCCGAUACUCAAGUUUGGGAGCAAAGAACAAAUUAACAGAUUAAAAAAUUGUACAAAAAAGGAAAUAUAGUCCAAUUUAUAAUAGGUGCAAGUCUGAAGUGGGCAAGCCACGUUUGGCGAGUUGACAAUAGUAUAGUUAAAUUAGUACUUGUAGAACAUAAAUAAAAAGCAACAGUGGAUAGAUAAAAAGUGGAUUUAAGACCAGAGUGGAAAGAAUAUCUAAAUUAUACAUAUAACAGUGUGAAGAAUAAAAAAAAUUACUAUUGACUAUCCUGUUAAAAUAAUGUUGUUAUAAUUCUUUUGAUCUUUUAUACCUCUAAUUUGGAAACAGUAUUUUGCUGUUAAUUUCAUUUUCAAUAAAAUUAAUACAUUUUGAAGAAAAAAAAAAUCCCAUCUCUUUUAUUGCUAACAGUGUGGAAAUAGUGUGUAUCCCAAAAUGUUUCUUUAAUAUAAAUGUAACUUAAAAUAAAAAUUGUAAUUGUUGGUGUGGAAUAUGGAUUCAAUGUAUUUAAGACAUUUAACAUGUUUAAAAAAAUGAAUUAUCAUAAAUUUAGAGUGUAUAUGUUAUUUAGAUAAAAACUAUAUAGUGGUUUCUGGGAAUUAUAAUUUAUCCUACAUUUCAAAAAAAAGGUUGAUUUCUAACUAAGCGAUUUAUCUUAAUAUUUUUAUUCCUACAACAAAAUAAUAAGUAAUAUCACAACAUUUCAAUUUAAUUAAAACCAAUUAAACACAUCAGAAUCCCCAAAAAAGAAAACCAAAUACUUUAUUGUAAAACAAAUUAAGAUAAUAAAGCUUACAAAUUAUAAACCUUCAGUUAUUAGAUGUAUGUCCAUUAUUUGUGCUACUAGGUAAAAACUAGAGUACAUUUUAAAUACAAGAUGACAACAUUUAGGUACUCAUUUUUAAAUACCAAAUUACCUGUUUUAGUGCUUAAGACUACAAGAUAUUUUUCAAUAAAUUGCAUUUUUUUACUCAAUUAUUGAUAUAAAUAUUGAUAUUUUUUUUUGUUUGAGCAAUUAUUUUUAUGGCUGAGUAUAAAAAAUUGUUUGUGUUGUUUAUAGUAUAUAUUUUAAAAAUUAGAGAUGAGAUAAUUUUAUAAAAAAAAAAAAACUUCUUUGCUUGGCAAUUUGUUAUAUUGUCAUUAAAAUGAACUAAGGUCUAAUAUAUUAAUAAUUAGAAUUUUUUUUUUAUAUGGGUUUUUUUCAUUAGGCUUUGAUUCACAAUAUUCAAUUGAAUUAGUAUUAAUGGGUAUUCAUCAAUAUUAUCUAAUAUAAUUUUUAGAGUAGUUUUAUAUUUUCAGUAAAUAAAAUAACAUUGUUUUAGGUGUCUCGUUGUUGCGGUUUGAAAAUAACUAGUGGAGGCCAUAUUGUUACAUUAGCUAAAAACAAUCAUCAUGUUCUUGUUUUAAAUGCAACUGUAUAA